GCUCACAGAGAGUGCAGACGCUGCAGGGCAGGAACAGGAACCAGCCAGGGCUGCAAGUGAAUCAUUAUUGGCUGCAACGUCUUUGCAUUUUUUUUUUUUUUUUUUUUAAUUUGUUACUCCCCACCAGCAAAGAGAGCGCGCCGACACUGACUCGACGCUGCAAACCGGAGCAUCUCGCGCACUGCAUUUCCACAACAAACAGCUCGCGCCCUGCGCGGACUUCGGUGCUGUCUGGGAACCAGCCAGUAGAAUCUCUUCAGGGCAGUUUGUGGCGAUGGUCACAUGAUGGCUUAAAAGCGUGGCAGACUCUCGACUUGUUGUGGGAAUCGAUUCUGGAUCACAGUUAACCUCAGAGGAUCCCUCCUACCUCUUGCAGUGUUGAAAACCUCCUGCCAUGCAGAAAGCAACCAGUCCAGACAUUGGAAAUUGGGGGUGAAUCUUGACGACACCUUACUUGUUAAUCGGACUUGCUGCUCCAGAGUUCGUCAACGUAUCAAUUUGCUCUUGAUUACACUUUUUUUUUAAUUGUGUUUGUUUUUUUGCACAAAGGAAUUUCUUCUUCUUUGAAAAAAAAAAAAAAAGUCAGUGCACCAUUGCCUAAUCGAAUUGAUUGUCACAGCCAGUUUUGACGUGCUAAAUCCUGAAAUUCAACGGCGCAAUGUUUUAAAGAUUUGAAACCUCUGCAGCGGUUGACCAUGACUUUGGGGUGCUGGAGAGACGUUUGCUGUGCUUCUCGUACAGGUGUGAAAAGACAGAAAGAGGAGGACACGGUCGUGCUGACUCCCUUUGGCCAGCGCCUGCUUUUCAUUUUCUAAAGAACUUUUACGAAGGGGACAGAACCCAAGAAUGACAUGCACAAGGAGGAGGAAACCAAACACUGGGGGAGACUUCCCAGCCGUCGCCGUCCCGUCUAUGAAGGGCCACGGAUACCUGGACUACACCAUUGAGAGCCACCCCUCCAAGGCCCUGGAGAGAAUGGACGAGUUCCGCAGGCACGACCAGCUCUGUGACCUCAUCCUUCACGUCACCUACAAGGACCAGCGAGAGGAAUUCCGGGUGCACAAGCUGGUCCUGGCGUCCUGCAGCCCCUAUUUCAAGGCCAUGUUCACCGGCGACUUCAAGGAGUGCCACGCCUCGGAGGUGACGAUCCGGGACGUGGCCCCCUGCGUGAUGCAGCGCCUCAUCGAGUUUGCGUACACGGCGCGCGUUACGGUGGGGGAGAAGUGCGUCCUGCACGUGCUGCUGGCUGCCACGCGCUACCAGAUGGAGGAUGUGGCCAAGGCCUGCUGCGACUUCCUGGCCAAGAACCUGGAGCCCGCCAACGUCAUCGGCAUCGCCAACUUCGCAGAGCAGAUCGGCUGCAAGGAGCUGCACGAGAGAGGAAGGGAGUACAUCAACACACACUUCAACAAGGUGACGAAAGAGGAGGAGUUCUUUAACCUGUCCCACUGCCAGCUGCUGGACCUCAUCAGCCAGGACAGGCUGAAGGUGCUGUGCGAGUCGGAGGUGUACAAGGCCUGCAUCGAGUGGGUGCGCUGGGACCUGGAGGGGCGGGCGCAGUACUUCCACGCGCUGCUCAAUGCCGUGCAGAUCUACGCCCUGCCGCCCAGGUUCCUCCAAGCCCAGCUGCAGGAGUGCCCCAUCCUCAGCAAGGCCAACUCCUGCAGGGACUACCUGUCCAGGAUCUUCCAGGAGAUGGCGCUGCACAAGCCGCUGCCCCCCCCCAGGCUGCGGGGGAACAAGCUCAUCUACCUGGCUGGGGGCUACCUGCAGCACUCGCUGAGCUCCAUGGAGGCCUGCGACCCUCGCACGGGGCAGUGGACCAGGCUGGCUGACAUGGACGCCCCCCGCAGUGGCCUGGGCGCCUGCGUGCUCUUUGGGCUGCUCUUCGUGGUGGGCGGGCGGAACAACUCCCAGCAGGAGCACAUGGACUCUCCCUCGCUCGCCUGCUACAACCCCAUGACCAACCAGUGGACCCAGCGGGCGUCGCUCAACGUGCCCCGGAACCGCGUCGGGGUCGCAGUGAUCGACGGGGGCAUUUACGCGGUGGGGGGGUCCCACGGGUCGGUGCACCACCGCAGCGUUGAAAAAUACGAUCCCGAAACGAACCAGUGGACGUUCGUGGCGCCCAUGUCGGUGGGGCGGAUUGGGGCUGGAGUGGCCGUCUGCAACGGGCUGCUGUACGCGGUGGGGGGCUUCGAUGGGGAGAGCCGCUGGGACAGUGUGGAGCGCUACCACCCCGACACCAACACCUGGCAACCUGUGGCGUCUAUGGGGUCCGUCCGCAGCGGAGCCGGGGUUGUCGGUUUUGAGAACUGCGUGUACGCGGUGGGCGGGUACGACGGCACGGCGCAGCUCAGCAGCGUGGAGCGCUACAGUGUGGCCAGUGACCGCUGGGAGCCCGUCUCUCCCAUGAAGAACCGGCGGAGUGCACACGGAGUGACCGUGUACCAGGGCAAGAUCUACGCACUGGGGGGCUUCAACCAGGAGGGCUUCCUGUCCAGCGUGGAGUGCUACAGCCCAGAGAGUGACGAGUGGACGCAGCUGGCAGACAUGCCCCUGAGACGCAGCGGAAUGGGCGUGGCCGUUACCAUGGAGCCCUGCCCUGGCAACCUGGACGAGUGGGAGGAGCAAGAAGAGGAGGAGGAGGAGGAGGAGGGCGGCGACAACGGGUGAGCCAGAGGGACAGGAUGGAAAGCGCUGCUUCUGCCACCAAGUCACUUUUUUUUUUUUUUUUUUUAAUAGAACUUGUGGAUGAAUCUCGGCUCUAAACACGAGAGGUUUUUUUUUUGUUUGUUUUUUUUACCCAAUCCAUGGAAAAUCGGGGGGGAAAAAAUGUAUUGUGGGUCAUCGAGUUUUCUUUAGAUAACCUGGCUUUGCUUCUAUGGGGGGAAAACACCCUAAUACGACUUUCUGAAAACUGAACUGUGCGUCCGAAAAUAUAGUGAAACUGAAAAAUGUGGGUUUGGAGGUUUUUCUGAACACCACUCAAGUGUAAAGCUUGAAAAUGUAUAAAUGUCCUAAUUUACCUUGUAUAUGGAACUUAUAUGUCAUAAUAUUGAUAAUGCCAAUAAUAAUAAUAAUAUAUUGUUUAAUAGCAUGCAAUGUAAACUGCGCAGAACGUGCGGUGCUGUAAAUAGGUAAAGUAUUUACACACUUUUAUUGGUUGGGAUAUAGUUUGCUUGUAUCCUGAAACUGUCUUCUUAUGAGAGUAUAUUUUGGAGAAUCAAUAAAUGAGUGUGCUUAUCAUAA